CAUGGCAACAUUUUGGUGGUGACUGCCUUAGAUUUUGUCUUAGCCAUUUUCCUUUCUGCUACCAGAGCAGCUAUGGACUUUACUGUUGAAUUUUUUGUCCCCAGCUCACAGACACUUGAAAAAUUUUACAGAUUACAGUAACCUACUUAUCUUAUCUCAUCUUGAAUCAGAGAGAUAUACAGGCAGGCAUGAGCAAGAGUAACCCUUCAAGACCAUAACUCUACAAACAUGGCAGUAGCAUUCCGUAACCUGAACCUGGUGUGGGGUCUAAAGAGACCCCAUGAAUCUUUCAUCAAGUCUGAUCGGUCUGAUAAGGGAGCUUUGUUUCCAAAUGCUUCUAUAAAAUUGUGGGUAUUAUGUUGUAGCAGAGAAGAAAUCUUCUUUGGGACUCAUAGAAGACAGGUAGAAAUCAAGAAAAAAAGCCAAAGUAGACUGAUUUUUUCUAAGAGCACAACUCACUAUUCUGGUAAUACAAAUGAAGGAGAAAAAGAGGAAGACAUUGCCAAAAUGACCUUGAUAUGGAGGGCAAUCAAAUUGCCAAUUUACUCGGUUGCUUUGGUCCCACUCACUGUAGGUGGUGCAGCUGCUUAUCUCCAGACAGGCAUGUUUUCAAGUAGGCGCUAUUUUGUGCUUUUGGCUUCUUCAAUCCUUGUUAUAACUUGGCUCAAUUUAAGCAACGAUGUUUACGAUUUCGAUACAGGAGCAGACAAGAACAAGAAAGAAUCAGUUGUAAACUUGGUCGGAAGUCGUACAGGAACCUUUGUUGCUGCUUACUCAUCACUUGUCCUUGGCAUCAUUGGGCUGACAUGGACAUCUCUAGGAGCCGGCAGUGUGCAAGCAAUAUUUUUGCUAGCUUGUUCAAUUACUUGUGGCUAUAUAUAUCAGGUACAUAAGCUGUGCCCGCCAUUUCGGUUAAGUUAUCAAGGACUGGGUGAACCUCUGUGCUUUUCAGCAUUUGGCCCCUUUACUACUACUGCAUUUUACUUACUUCUGGGGAGUUCAAGUGAGGUGACCAGUCUCCCAUUAACCAGCACAAUUCUUUCGGUGUCACUCCUCGUUGGCUUCACCACAUCGUUGAUCCUCUUUUGCAGUCACUUCCACCAAAUAGAAGAAGAUGCAGCUGUUGGAAAAAUAUCCCCUUUGGUUAGACUCGGCACCGAAAGAGGCUCUCAUGUGGUGAAAGCAGCAAUCUUCACACUCUACUCUCUUGUGUUUGCUUUUGGUCUGAGCAGGGCUCUUCCUUUCACCUGCAUUCUUCUCUGUGCCCUGACAAUACCCAUGGGAAAACUUGUAUUUAGCUUUGUUGAAGAGAACCACAAGGACAAAGGGAAGAUUUUCAUGGCAAAGUAUUAUUGUGUGAGAUUACAUGCUUUGUUUGGGGCUGCAUUGGCAGGUGGACUGGUGGCAGCUAGAAUGUUUUCCUAAACAUAUUUUCCAAUGCUGAUGAUUUUUUGAAAAUUAUCCAGCAAUUAAAUUCCAUUUUAAUUAUCAAUUGCCAUAAACUUUUAUUAAAAAAAUAAAAAAUACGUCAUUUUAUUUUU